AUGGCCACCACACUACCUCCAAAGUCAUCUGACCACCACUUCUCCAUCUCAAACAUCAUCUCCAAGUUUCGCUCAAAGAAAAGACCAACACAGCCACAGCCAGAAAGAUCACAAGACACACGACCACCCCUCAUCCCAUCACCACUCCCUCUGAUCCUCCCCCAGCACCAACAAACCCUCUCAACCCUCGGUUGGACAACCCUCACCUUCCCCGACUCUCAAUCACCUGGACCGCACCCCCUGCAAACCGCCUAUCGCGAUCUCUUCAUAGCCAGCCAAGCCUUCUUCGCGCAACCCGCCAGCCAAAAAGCUGAAUGGGCGCACAAGCUCGGCACAGAAGAAGGCUGGUCCCAAGUCCCCGGCGAAAAAGAAUUCAUAACCCUCCGCACCCUAGUCUACUGUCCCUCAAUCCUACGCGGGCCCGCGAAAAGGUACUGGGAUCUCAUCGGCACUCACUGCUCCAGCACCCUGGGUAGGAUGUCCACGGCGCUCGGUUUGCCAGCUAGUGAAGACGAGGGCUUGAGACGCUUUGUUGGGCCGUGCGCGAGUAUGCCUGAUGGAGAGGAGGGCAAGACGGCGACGAUGUUACGGUUGUUUCGGUAUGAAGGGUGGAAGGCCAAGGUUGUUGCUGAGCCGCACGCAGAUCUGGGACUGUUGAGCGUGGUGGUAGGAGACGUUCCUGGUUUGGAGGUUUGGGACGGUGCGGCCUGGUUCGAUGUAGAGAGGGAAGUUGAGAGGGCGGGCAGGAAAGGGGCGACGCUGUUAUUAGGGAGGCAGGCGGAGAGUUUUAGUAAUGGGAGUUUUAAGGCUGGGGGGCAUCGGGUUGUUUCGUAUGGGGAUGCGUCUGGUUCUCGACCUACAUCAAGAAACGCGGAGGUGGCAGAGUGGGAGGCGAGAUACAGAUACUCCAUUGUUUUUGUGUUACGUGCGCAUGAACCGGUUGUUAUCAGGUCUGGGGAGCUGGAAACGCAGGUUACGGGUAAGUGGGAGGUGCCGAUGGAGGGCGUUACGGCGGGGGAGUUUUAUGAAAGUGUCAGGAAACAGCAUUUUAAUAUCAAUAUCGAUGUGGGGGAGAGGGAGAAGCAGAGGAGGAGACUUGAUGCUAUGAAGAAGGGUGGGGGUACUGGGUAG